AUGUCUCCGGGUGUGCUGCUAUCACCGCCGGGCAGCCUAGUUGAGGGUGACCUAUUGAGUCUGUAUGGUUCAACCCCAGACACUGCAAGUCAAACCUCGCCAGAUGCCAGCAGUGAGGCGAAUGACGAUGUUGACACCGACAGAGACGAGGACGAUGGCAGUGGUGGAGGCAAGAUAUUCGAGGUCAACGAUCCGCCAGGGCCGCGCAAGAUGUCCGAGAAGAAGAGAGCAGACAAUGCAAAGUUUGACAUUUGGCUAGAGGAGAACCAGCAGAACCUGUUCAAAGGAGCUGGGAAGCUGGUGUUGGAUGAGGAGAGGUCUGCCAACUGGCUGAUGCGCGAGUUCGAGAACAAAAAGAUCAUCACGAGCCCGCGAGAUUACCAGCUGGAGCUUUUUGAGCGGGCCAAGACCCAAAACACAAUCGCAGUGCUGGACACCGGAUCGGGAAAAACGCUCAUUGCCGCCUUGCUUCUGAGAUGGACGAUACAAAACGAGCUCGAGAACCGAUCCCAAGGCCAACCGAAGCGCAUUGCCUUCUUUCUUGUGGACAAAGUAGCUCUCGUCUUUCAGCAGCAUGCAGUCCUGACGUGCAACCUGGACUACUCGGUAGCCAAGUUUUGCGGACAGAUGCUAGAUCGAUCGUCAGCGGAGUUUUGGGAGACCACAUUCCGGGAGAAUAUGGCCAUUGUCUGCACCUCGGAGAUUCUCUACCAAUGCCUCCACCAUUCAUACAUCCGCAUGGACCAGAUCAAUCUCUUGAUAUUUGAUGAGUGCCAUCAUACCAAGAAAAACCACCCCUAUGCCCGGAUCAUCAAAGACUUCUACAUCCAAAAUGAGGACAAUGAAGCACGGCCGCGCAUCUUGGGAAUGACCGCCUCUCCUGUUGAUGCCCAGAUUGAUCCAAGAAUUGCUGCCGCUGAGCUCGAGGGUUUGCUUCACAGCCAGAUCGCCACAGUUUCUGACCCAACCAUCAUUCAACAUACCAUCAGUCGUCCAAAAGAGGAGAUAGUUCUGGAGUACGACAGAAGGCCUCGGCAGUGGACGACCCCUCUUCACCAGUCCAUCAAGGCUCUGGUUGGGAACCAUGAUCACUUCACAAAGGCGUUUGUUUUCACCUUACAAGCAACAGCUGAACUGGGGCCAUGGUGUGCUGACCGGUACUGGCAACUCUUCUUCAACCAAGAGGACAUUGCCAAACUCGAGACCCAAGCGGAGCGAAGUCUGCUUCGCCAAGGAGCCUUCAGCCAACUCAUGGGUCUUGACAAGAACAGGGUGCGGGAGGCUCACGAGCUUGUGAAAAAUCAUGAAUUUGAACAGCCUAUUCUGGACACUCGGCUAUUCUCCUCCAAGAUCAUCGAGCUCUGGAAGACUCUUCAUGAUCAGUUCAGCAGUCAGGAUCUUAUGAGACGAUGCAUCGUCUUUGUGAAGCAGAGAAACACAGCAAACAUUCUCGUUGAUCUCCUCAAACAGCCGGAACUCAAAAUUCCUGGUCUUGAGCCAGGUAUUCUUAUUGGCGGCGGGAGAAAUGAUUCCAGCUGGGAGAGCUCCAAGACUAGCUACCGCGAUCAGGUCCUGACCAUCAUCAAAUUCAAGAAAGGAGAGCUCAACUGCAUCUUUGCCACCUCGGUCGCGGAGGAGGGCCUUGAUAUUCCUGAUUGCAACAUCAUCAUCAGGUUCGACUUGUAUGACACGUUGAUUCAGUAUAUCCAAUCUCGUGGGCGCGCUCGUCAAGAAAAGUCGACCUACAUCCACAUGAUUGAGAGAGGUAACUCCGAGCAAUUGCAAAAGAUGAAACAGCUCAAGCAGAGCGAAGACGGACUCAGGAAGUUUUGCGAGGCGAUGCCGGACACGCGAAAGCUGACCGGAAACAACUUCAAAAUGGACUACUUUCUGAGGAAAGAGAAAGGCCAACGACAGUACACUGUUCCGGAGACUGGGGCAAAGUUGAACUACAAGCAGAGUCUCAUCUGUCUUGCCAACUUUGUGUCAUCACUCCCACACCCGCCAGAAACGAACCUAACACCGGAAUACACGGUCAAUACCACCGAGGGCGGGUUUCAGUGUGAAGUCAUCUUACCGGAUGCAUCUCCGAUCAGAUCUGCAAUCGGAAAAGUGCACGGCAGCAAGGCAGUAGCCAAGUGUUCAGCGGCCUUUGAGAUGUGUCUUCAGCUUGUUCGGGGCAACUAUUUGGACGCUCACCUUCGACCAACUCUUACCAAACAGCUCCCCGCCAUGCGUAAUGCCCGUCUUGCCAUCAGUUCCAAGAAGAGGGAAGAGUAUGGCAUGCGCAUGAAGCCGGAGGUCUGGUCAACUCUCGGCGAGCCCACCGAGCUCUUUGUAACGGCCCUGACUUUGGAAAGUCCAGAGUCACUUGGCAGACCGUCAUUACCACUGUUGCUGCUCACACGAAGACGGAUUCCUCAAGUUGCUUCGUUCCCUAUCUAUUUUGGAAAGUCUCGUUCCUCAAUCGUCAAUUCCGUACUGGCAGGUGAACCCAUUGAGGUGGAUGAAGCGGAGCUAACCAGCUUGACCGCCUUCACUCUCUCGAUAUUCAAGGAUGUUUUCAGCAAGGAGUACGAGGCGACAUUUUUGGACUUGCCUUAUUUUCUGGCUCCGACUUGCAAAGACCACUCCUUCGACUUUUCCGCGCCGGCAUCAGACGAGCUUAUCGAUUGGGACACCGUCAAAUACGUCCAAGAAAAUAACAUCGUUACUUACAACUUUGACGAACCGGAUGACUUCUUUGAGCACAAAUACGUCUGGGACCCCUGGGAUGGUGCUCGCAAAUUCUACCUUCGUGGACGCCGCCACGAUAUGAAACCUACAGACUCUGUGCCCGAAGGCAUUGUCGCCCCCGGCCACAGGGCUUGGAGGACGACGUGUGACGCGCAUGACAUUCUGAACUACAGCAACAGUCUGUGGUCCAAGUCCCGAGCCAAGUUCAAGAGCCGGGGCGACCAAGCAGUGGUGGAGGCUGAACUAUUGUCUACCCAGCGUAACCUUUUGGAUGACAGUCUGGAGGGCGAAGACUUGGAACCAAAGCAGUGCUUCUUGGUUUUAGAACCAUUAAAGAUCUCACCACUUCCAGUUCAGGUUGUGGCUAUGGCCUACAACUUUCCUGCCAUCAUUCACCGUGUCGAUUCCAACUUGGUUGCCUUGGAUGCGUGCAACAUGCUGGGGUUGAAUAUCAGGCCAGACUUGGCGCUUGAAGCCUUCACCAAGGACAGCGACAACACUGAUGAACAGGAUGUUGAGCAGGUAAGUUUCCAGCGCGGCAUGGGCAACAAUUACGAGAGACUGGAGUUUUUGGGCGAUGCUUUCCUCAAAAUGGCCACCACAAUUGCCAUCUACACCCUCAUCCCUGACAAGGACGAGUUUGAGUACCACGUCGAGCGCAUGGUCUUGAUUUGCAACCGGAACCUCUUCAACAACGCACUUGAGGUCAAGCUAGAAGAGUACAUUCGAUCCAUGGCCUUCAACCGCCGCACUUGGUACCCAGAGGGCUUAACUCUCAAGCGCGGCAAACGAAAGGACAUCAGGAAGAAGCAUGUCUUGGCCGACAAGUCUAUUGCCGAUGUCUGCGAGGCCAUCAUCGGCGCCGCCUACCUUACUGCACAGGAAGCUGGCAACUUUGACAUGGCCAUUCAAGCAGUGACGAGAAUGGUGAAUGACAAGAACCAUACGAUGCAGACAUGGUCUGACUACUACGCAGUGUACAAGAAACCUGCGUGGCAGACUAUGCCAACAAACAGCGUGCAGGAAGACAUGGCCGAAAAGUUUCACAAGAGGAUGGGUUAUCGAUUUCAAUAUCCCCGUCUGCUGAGGAGCGCGUUCCAGCACCCGACUUACCCAACCUCGUGGGAGAAGCUUCCCAGCUACCAACGUCUUGAGUUCCUUGGCGACGCUUUGUUGGACAUGGCAUGCAUUGACCAUCUCUUCCAUCGCUUCCCAGGGACCGACCCCCAGUGGCUGACCGAACACAAGAUGGCCAUGGUCUCCAACCAGUUCUUGGGCUGUCUCGCAGUCUACAUUGGCUUCCACCGAUCUCUCCAGCACAGCUCGCCUGCGGUCCAGUCCGAAAUCGCGUCGUACGUCACAGAAAUUGAGGAGGCGCUCGCCGCUGCGAAAGUCGCUGCCGUACAAGAAGACAAGUCAGAGUCUGAAUUUGCGAGAGACUUUUGGGUGGACUGCUCCCGCCCUCCGAAGUGCCUCCCAGACACGAUCGAAGCUUACGUCGGCGCCAUAUUCGUCGACUCCUCCUACGACUACCAAACCGUCCAGGAUUUCUUUGACAAGCACAUCCAGUUCUGGUUUGAGGACAUGAGGCUGUAUGACACGUUUGCCAAUAAACACCCCGUGACAUUUCUGGGUCAUGAGAUGCAGCAUCGGUUUCGGUGUCAAGAGUGGCGGUUGCUGACGAGGGAGAUUAUGGUUGAUAAUGAUGAGGAGGGGGGUAUGAUGGGGAAAAAGCAGGUUGUUUGUGCGGUGAUGGUGCAUGGGCAGAAGCUGGCGCAUGCGGUGGCGCAUAGUGCGAGGUAUUCCAAGAUUGGGGCGGCGAAGAAGGCGCUGAGGGAGUUGGAGGGGUUGGAGCAGGGGGAGUUCAGACGGAGGGUGGGGUGUGAUUGUAAGGUGGUAGGGGAGGUGGAGGGGAAAAAUGGGGAGAAAGGAGAAGAGGUUGAGAUUGAGGUGUAUGGGGAUGCUAUUUGAUGGUAGGUAGGGAUACUAUUUGAUUUGGGAAUUUGGAAGGGUGGAGAUGAGAGGGAUUUGGUAGAGAUUGUGUAGAUAGGCGGAUGGAGGGGUUAAGCAAAAGCGGUGC